AAAUGAAUGAAAGCUAAGAGUCAUCAGAAUUUCCAUCGGUUUCUUCUAAGCUUGAAAAUAAGUAUAAUAUUUAUUAAUAAAAGGAUAAGUAACUAAUUAGGGUUGACUAAUGUUGAAAGUGGAGAUGAAUUAAUAAACAAGAAAACAAAAUUAAAUGAUGAAAAUGGCUAAAUUAAAAUUUCAAGAAAGGUAAGUGAUGAGCUCAUUAAAAUAUUUGAGAGAUUACCAAAUGACUAAAUUACAAAAUUAUUAGAUGCUAUCAAAGUGAAAAAUUCACGUAUUUAUUAUUUUAUCUUUAAAGCUGAUUUACCUGUUAGGGUUAAUCUUGUUGAUCUUUUAUAGAAAGAUGAAGAUUUUGUUUAAGAUAGUUAAUCUGAUUCGUAAAAAGAAAAAAAAAGAAAAAAAAGAGAAUCCAAAGAAAAAGAGUGCAGAUGUUGUAAAUAGAUAGUGAAACGACAUCAUUGUACUCAUACAGAAUGCGAAAAGCCUUGUUAAAUUUAAGAAAAAAUUAAGAAAAUUAAAACUUGA